ACGGGCGCUUCAGCUAGCUAGCUGACAGCCUGACACCUGAGCUAGCACCUCGAAGAUGUCAAAAGGCCACGUUUGGCCGAUAAAGUCAACUUUUGUAUUACUCGUGUGAGUUUAAGGGAGCUAAAGAGUUGGUCUGGUUGACGGCUUGGCCUUUUCGUGGCUGACUUGCAUAGUACUUUGACCACACUUUCACCAAGUCUGGAGACCUAACCACAGGAGCCAUGACGGAAUUUCAGGAGAAGCUUCGAAAUCAGCACGAGGAGUCCAUGUGCAAAGAGCUGGACAAGCUUCUCAGCAGCUCAGGCGACUCCACCCACCAGAAUUGCAAGAAAGACUUUGAAGGAUUCAAAAGACUCUUCCACAGGUUCCUGCAGGUCAGAGGUCCUGCAGUGGACUGGGCCAAAAUCAGCCGCCCGCCAGAGGAUGCGGUCGUGUCUUACGAGAAGAUCGGGGCUGAAGCUCUGCCGAAGGACGUGGCGUCUUGUCUCAACAAGCUGGCGGUGGUCAAGCUGAACGGCGGCCUCGGCACCAGCAUGGGAUGCAAAGGCCCCAAGAGUCUGAUCAGCGUUCGCAACGAAAACACCUUCCUGGAUCUCACAGUCAAACAGAUCGAGCAUUUGAAUAAAACCUACGACGCUGACGUUCCAUUGGUGUUGAUGAAUUCCUUCAACACGGACGAUGAAACCCAGAAGAUUCUUCUCAAGUACAAACAUCACCGACUCAAGAUACACACCUUUAACCAAAGCAGAUACCCGCGCAUCAACAAGGAGUCACUGCUGCCCAUCGCCAAGAGUUUGGGGUUGAACGCGGACGGGGGCGAGGCGUGGUACCCGCCGGGUCACGGCGACAUCUACGCCAGCUUAUACAACUCGGGCCUACUGGAGCGACUCCUGAAUGAAGGCAAGGAGUACAUCUUCGUGUCCAACAUCGACAACCUGGGCGCCACCGUCGACCUCCGCAUUCUCUGUCGACUCAUCGGCCAAGCUGCCGAUAAACGCUGCGAGUUCGUCAUGGAGGUCACGGAUAAGACCCGCGCCGACGUCAAGGGCGGCACGCUGAUCCAGUACGAGGACCGACUGAGGCUCCUGGAGAUCGCACAGGUUCCCAAAGAUCACGUGGACGAGUUCAAGUCGGUCAGCAAGUUCAAGAUCUUCAACACCAACAACUUGUGGAUUUCCUUGAGCGCCAUUAAGAGGUUAAUCGACAACAACGCGUUGGACAUGGAGGUCAUCGCCAACCCUAAGACGCUGGAGGGCGGUCUGAACGUGAUCCAGUUAGAGACGGCGGUGGGCGCAGCUAUCAAGUGUUUCCGCAACGCCAUGGGCAUCAACGUGCCGCGUUCUCGCUUCCUGCCGGUCAAGACUUCCUCAGACCUCCUGCUGGUCAUGUCCAACCUCUACAGCCUGGACGCAGGUUCGCUUACCAUGAGCCAUAAGAGGGAGUUCCUCACCACGCCGCAUGUUAAGCUGGGUAGCUUCUUCACCAAGGUCCAAGACUUCCUGGCCCGCUUCGACAGCAUCCCGGAAAUGCUGGAGUUGGACCACCUCACCGUGGCGGGAGACGUCACAUUCGGGAAAAACGUCUCACUCAAGGGAACGGUAAUCAUCAUCGCCAACCAUGGUGAUCGAAUCGACAUCCCCGCGGGAGCGAUGCUGGAGAACAAGAUCGUGUCAGGAAACCUGCGCAUCCUCGACCAUUAAAAGGCACCGCUGACGAAAACGACGUCGGGAAACCAAAAGUGCACUUUUCCACAUAGCAAAGAGCAGUUUACUAUGUGACAUGUGGCUCAAAUGCCGAAAUCUUUCAAGCCAUUUUAGGUCAAAGGUCACCAACCAGGAAGUCACGGUCCGUGACUUCUUGUUUGAGGUCAAAAAAUAAAAAGCUCUUAUGGUUUGUCUCAGGUCUCA